AUGGCAGGACCAAGUGCCUCCGAGGUCAUCUUCAUCUCUGUCAAUCACAGCAUCACUUUGAUGGGGAAGGUGUGGUUCAUCGUGAUGAUCUUCCUCCGCAUCCUGAUGCUCCUCUUUGCUGGUUACCCCCUCUACCAGGACGAGCAGGAGCGAUUCGUGUGCAACACCAUUCAGCCCGGUUGUGCCAAUGUGUGCUAUGAUUUGUUUUCUCCCAUCUCGCUCUUCCGCUUCUGGCUGGUGCAACUCAUCACCUUGUGUCUCCCCUACAUCAUCUUUGUCAUCUACGUGGUCCACAAGGUGUCAAAUUGCGUCACCAUAGACCUGUUCAAGAGCCGUCAAGAGCCAUUCAGCAAGACGUCCGUAAACGAGAUGCCUCUGGUAGCUGAGCGAGGUUGGGCCUCGUGCUUCACUGGAGCGUACAUCCUACAUCUGAUGUUCAGAACUUUGCUGGAGGCAGGGUUUGGAGCAGCUCACUACUAUGUGUUUGGUUUCUACAUCCCCAGGAGAUUCCUGUGCCAGCAUCCACCGUGCACAACUCAGGUGGACUGCUACAUCUCCAGGCCCACUGAGAAGACUGUGAUGCUCAAUUUCAUGCUUGGUGUGGCUGCUCUCUCCCUUUUCCUAAAUGUGUUGGAUUUCAUCUGCGCCAUAAAGCGCUUGGUGAGGCAGAGGAGCAAGAGGAAGAUGGUGGUGGAGAAGAUAUGUGAGGAAGAGCAAUGUUUCCUUUCAGCUGGUGGACCGUCCAGGGGAAUGGACCUGAACACCUCCCUGGCUCAGCAGGAUUUAGAGAGAGAAGCUGGACAAUGGAGUUUCCGGAAGAGGCGCGGCAGCAAAGGCUCUUGUGGAGAGGGGGUGCUUGCUUUAGGUCAGCAACCAGCUUGCCUGGAGCGCUCCUCUCGUCCUUGCUCUCCAGGACCUCCAGGUCGCAACACCAACGGGAACAACGGCUAUUCUGUUUCCCAAGAGGAGGCUCCGGAAAGGAAUGGCAGCGAGAUGGCUCUCUGUCCCCCAGAGCCAAUGGGGACACCCCGAUCCAUUCGUGUUAGCAAACGCAAUCGACUGAAACCGCCACCUCCGCCCAGACGAGACCUUGGGUUGCCCUCUGGGGGGUCAGCAGGGCCCAUCGGGGAUGUUUCCACAUUAACAACAGUCUGUACCAGAAGGGUGGGUCAGUACGCGCUGGUGGAGCUGGGCAGCGGCGUAAAGCUACAGGCCAGUGACGAUGGACAGGAGAAAAGAUCAGAGUGGGUUUGACUGCUUUAUUUCCAGGUUAUAUUGGAACAUAAGAAUGAGGCAAAUAGGUGUGAGAGCAAUUUGAGAAACAGACUGAGAUACCCCAAGGUUUACACAGUAGCAGCAACUGUUGGAGCCGACAUCCUGUCACACUCUCUACCUCAUUUUACAACACAGACUGCUCUGUCACUAGAGGAGAAU